UGAACAUGUAUGCAGCUAGGGCAUGUUGAAUUGAACUAGAAAUAUAUCUAGGCCUACCGCUUUUUCAUUAUUUUCCUCCUGUCUGGGUACUUCAAAAUGUCUCGCCGAAUUCUGAGAGGCCAACAAGUGCCGAUCUACAUUCGGCUGACAGAAGUGAAUCAGUACAUUACAUGUCACCUGUGUGGAGGCUACCUGAUUGAUGCUACAACUUUAACAGAGUGCCUUCAUACAUUUUGUAAGAGUUGCCUUAUUAUGUAUAUCAAGAAAAAUGAACUUUGUCCAACUUGUGAUGUCCUUAUUCAUCCCUCAAAUCCAGUCCUAAGCCUCAAGCUGGAUCGAACGAUACAGGAAAUUGUCUACAAACUACUGCCGUAUAUCGAGGAAGAUGAGAAAGCUAGGGAGGUGAGAUUCUGGAAAGAGAGAAAUCUUGAGCAACCACAGAAAGAACUGCCAUCCCCAGAGCCUGUGGUAGCGCCAAGAAAUACUGAGCUUCACGUUGCGGUUCUCCUGGAGUAUGCAGGGUCAUCGGAAGGCUGUCCAACUUUCAAGCCUCUGCCAAAGAAGUAUAUUCUUGUACCAAACCGUGUCACUGUGAGUCAGAUACAGAGGUUCAUCACCCACAAGUUGAACAUUCAAAGUCCUCUUGAGGUGGACGUUCUCUGUGAGGAAGACAUCUUAGAACCAGACGUUACUUUGAAACAGAUUUGGGCUCAGAGCACAGAAGAGCAGAUGGAAGACGGAAUGCUGUGCCUGUAUUAUAGCAUAUCAAACACCCAGGAAGAACCCAGCUGAUACAGAUUCACCAUCACCUUCAAUUCGUUUAACUCGCUGCUCACCUGCCCAGAGCUAGUGAAGAUAGUCAGGUGACCUUGAAGGAAAUGUCACAUGAUCAUGAUAUUACUGUUCAAGGCAUGUGGCUUGGCAGUAUAGUACAGUACUUGCAAACGUGCCUGAGAUGAUCUUACCGAAAGCUAUGUUUAUUUAAAGGUGUAGGGUCAGCACAAAGAAACUCACUUCAAAACUGCUACUGUCAUAUUUGAUCUAAGGGAGUCUUAAUUAACUGUCAUGAAAUUUGCAGUACACAUCAAGCAACAUACCAAAAAUAUCUGUGUAAAGUGUUUUUUAUUAAAAGUUUGCUAACUUCAUGCUGUAGCUAGCUGUUAUUCAUUUUGCAUACUUCUAAUUGCGUCAUUAUUUUGUAUUACAAAAGGUCCAAAUUAUUUUUUAAAAUUCUGGUGGGAUUUCAUCAAGACCUAA